AUGUCAGGUUACAAGGAAAUGCUACCUUGCUUGGAAACAGGUGAGAGUUGACAACAGUUGUUGUAUUAGGUGCGAACAUGUUACUUCGAUUGUUGCGUUUGAUGAGAACAUGAUACUCCAGCACAUCAGAAGUAAUAUGUUUUGUUACAAGACUUUGCAGUGUUUGAAGCAAGGUCUUUCAGGCCCUGGACCCCCAAAUACUUUAUUUAUUCGAUUUAUUUGUCGAGGACUUCACAAAGACUGUCGAAAACACGACACGAUAUUCCAGUUACCAUCUAACUUCAUUGUGAAUGCUGGUAGACAGUUAAUGCUUUACCGAUGUCUUUCGUCUGUGUCUAACGAAGAUCCUCCUGGCAGCAAGAAGAAAACAACAGAAUCUGUGAAUCCAACUCCAGCUGCCAAACCCACGAGACUCUUGAAAGUUACCCCAGCAAAGAAGAAAAAAUCCAUUGAUUACAGUUAUGUGGGGAAUGUUUUCAUCUUACCUGUUAGAGCCAUGAAUGAGUUUCUUCUAUCACCAAAUGACUUAACACAAUUACCAAAGUACACUCGAAGAAGUCCAUAUGGAAGAGAAAUGCCGAUUUUAAUGUUUCUAAGGUCUGAUGUUGAGAAGCUAGCAAUCAAAAAGUGGGGUUCUUUGUCAAAUGUUACUAAAGAAAAACAGAAAAUUAUUCAAAUGGAACGGGAACGAUUUGGUCGUUUGGACUUGUUCCAACUGAAGGCAGCAAUAGAAAAUUAUAAAAAGCAAACAGGUGAUUCUAAAAAAUUUGAACUUGCUGAAGAGCAAGAAGAGCAACAGACUCCAGGACCACAACCAGAUAAGCUUUGGUCGUCUAGUUCGGGUAAAGUUGUCGUGUCAGCCAUAUUUAUCAAUGCAAUAAAUACAUUAGUGAAGUUAAUAGCUUGGCUGUAUACUGGUUCUCAUAGUAUGUUUUCUGAAUGUAUUCACUCACUUGCUGACACAGUCAACCAGGUAAUAUUAGGAAUUGGCUUAUACCACUCUAUUAAAAAGCCUGAUGCUGUUCAUCCGUAUGGAUACCGCAAUCUGAAAAAUAUAUCCUCUCUCAUCAGUGGUGUUGGCAUUUUUUGUUUUGGCACUGGUUUAUCUGUAUAUCAUGGAAUUCAGGGGUUACUACAUCCACAAGAAAUGGAAUACCUUGGAUGGGCAAUUGCUGCUCUGCUUGGUACUAUGGUGUCUGAAGGUGCCACUCUUAUUGUUGCCAUUGCUGAAGUGAGAAAGAGUUCAAAGGCAAAGAACAUGAAAUUCUGGGAAUAUGUCACCCGGGGUAAUGAUCCUAACGUCAAUGUUGUUUUGCUGGAAGAUUUAGCAGCCGUACUCGGAGUAGGCAUUGCAGCCACUUGUCUGACAAUAACUCAGGUCACUGGAAGCCCUUUUGCAGACGCCAUUGGUUCACUUUUGGUGGGUGGCAUCUUAGGAAGCGUCGCCAGUUUCAUUAUUUACAGCAAUAUAGAGGUUUUAGUGGGAAAGUCAAUUCCACUGGAUAAAAAAUUACUCAUUAGUCAAGAGUUGGAGAAUGAUAGAAUGAUAAGAUCUUUACAUGACGUGAAAGCUACAGAAAUAGGUGGAGAAGUUCGAUUUAAAGCCGAGGUGGACUUUGAUGGUAUGGAGAUCACACGUGCUUACCUUUUGAAAGUUGAUUUAGAAAAUUUGCUGACUGAAAUGCAAAAUUUGAAGAAAACCGACGAUGCAGAAAAUUUCCUUCUUAUGCAUGGUGAGCGCAUCAUCGAUACGCUUGGUGAGGAAGUGGACAGGAUUGAGAAGAAACUGAAGACACAUUAUCCUGACUUACGACAUGUCGAUUUGGAAGCAUUAUGAUGAUGAUGAUGAUAAUAAUGAUGAUGAUAGCAAUUAGACACACCUGUCUCACUCUCUCUCUCUCUCUCUAUCUCUCCUUUUUCUCUGUGUCUACAACUUUCACCUAAUGUAAUUCAUGCAAACAAUCAUUUGUUUAUUUAUUGAAUUAUUUAUAUAAUUUUUUUUGUUAUUCAAAAUUUUUUUCAAUAUAUAUAUAUAUAUAUAUAUAACCAUUACUGAUGUGAUAUAAAUGUUACAGAUAGAGGCAUGCUCAACAGCACAUUUAAUUAAAACUAACUGAUUAAUUAAAUAACUAACUAACUAACAAGCAAUCAGUCAAACAAAGCAAAGAUUGUUUUCAUUAUUAAAACCAAGAA